CGGCUCAGCCGACCGCAGCAGCUCUGAGAUUUUGAGCCUUCUGCUCGUCUCCUGCUGUAAAGACAGGACAGACCUGAGUUGCUCCUCACCACUCCUAUAAGGAGCAGUCAAGGCUGUUUGUGCGUUUGUUUCUCACCUCGGAUUUGCGCCGCCGACAAACAUCAAUGCAAUGCUGCAUCUCAAACACUGCCAAAGCUUGACUCGAGUUGGCUGUCUCAAGACUCAGAGACAUCGCCAAGUGACCCCUGCCAUAGCACCGUGUGCCGUUCGGCUCUGCAGCAGCAGCAGCAGCGAGGAGCAGAGAUCAUGGAAAUGGUACGAGCAUGCCCGCAGUCCCAUCUGGAGACAUGCCCUGGCAGGACUGCUGGCUGGAACAGGUGCUGUAUUGGCAUAUGGCCUCCACCACAGCAAGGCUGAGCGAGCAGCGACCACUGCUGUGCAAAAAGUUGCCAAGGACUCCCAUCUUCCCAUCUUCAGCCAGGAGGAGGUCACCAAGCACUCCUCUCUGGACAAUGGCGUGUGGGUCACCUACAAGGGCAGCGUCUACGACAUCACUGAGUUUGUGGCCAUGCAUCCUGGUGGGGAUAAAAUCUUGCUAGCAGCAGGUGGUGACCUUGAACCUUUUUGGGCGCUGUAUGCUGUACACAACCAGGACCAUGUGUUGGACAUCCUCGCAGAAUACAAGGUUGGUGAGCUGAGUCCCGAGGACCGGAGGAAGCAGCGCCCUGUUAAAUCUUCUGACCCCUAUUCUUCUGACCCUGAACGUCACCCCGUCCUACGUGUAAACAGCCUCAAGCCCUUCAAUGCUGAACCGCCACCUGAAAUCCUCUCUGACAGUUUCAUAACCCCCUCUGCUAUCUUCUUCAAAAGGAACCACUUGCCAGUGCCACGCGUGGACCCCACUUCAUAUCAGCUACAUGUGGAAGGGCUACCUGGAGGGGUGCUGACACUGUCUUUACAUGACUUAAAGACAAAAUUUCCCAAGCACACUAUCACUGCCACCUUGCAGUGUGCAGGUAACCGUCGCUCUGAGAUGAAUAAGGUCAAGCAGGUGAAAGGACUCAAUUGGGGGAUUGCUGCGAUCAGUAAUGCCACAUGGGGCGGAGCAAAGCUGAGAGAUGUGCUCCUGGCAGCAGGCUACAGUCCAGAUGUGGCCAAGUGGGCUUGCCACGUGCAGUUUGAAGGGCUGGACAAAGACGUAACGGGGACCACCUAUGGAGCUUCUAUCCCUUUAAACAAGGCAGUGAGUGAAGAAGGUGACGUGCUGCUGGCUUAUGAAAUGAACGGCGAAGAUCUUCCUGCUGACCAUGGCUACCCUGUCCGGGUUGUCGUGCCGGGCACAGUCGGAGCACGCAAUGUGAAGUGGCUGGGGAAGAUCAUAGUAAGUGCAGAGGAGAGCAGCAGCCACUGGCAGCAGAAUGACUACAAGGGCUUCUCCCCUGGCACCGACUGGGAUACAGUGGACUUCAAGUCUGCCCCGGCCAUCCAGGAGCUGCCCAUCCAGUCCGCUAUCACCCAGCCGGCUGAUGGCGCUGUGGUUGAUCGAAGUGCAGAAGAGGUGACAGUGAAGGGCUACGCCUGGAGCGGCGGCGGACGGGAGGUCGUACGCGUGGAUGUCUCUCUGGAUGGAGGAAAAACGUGGCAUGUGGCCCAGCUGACGAGCAGUGAGAAGGGACAGGCGCCCCCACCCUCUCCUCCACCAGGACGAGCCUGGGCCUGGAAGCUGUGGGAGCUCACUGCCCCUCUUCCUCCCAAGACUCAAGACAUGGAGAUCAUUUGCAAGGCAGUGGACAACAGCUAUAACAUGCAGCCAGACUCAGUCCCGCCCAUCUGGAACCUGCGUGGCGUGCUGAGUAAUGCCUGGCACAGAGUGAAGGUUAAGAUCAGAGAAGAUGAAGAGGUGGAAUAGACUCAGUGGCUGGUUUUCCUUUCAGCAUAUAGAGGGAUAAUCCUGAUUCCCGGUUGUCACAGACUGGAUUUCAUAUUCUCAUCAAGACUCAGCAGGAAACGUGAAAGAUCUUUUGUGAGGCCUGUUUGAGGCACAACAUUGAUGUGUCAAGACUGACAGAUAUAAAAGGAUUUUAUUUACACAGAUACACUCAUUUUGCAGCAUUGUUUCCUGUAAAAUUACUGUAAAAUUCAGCGGUGCAAAGUACACAACCAGGGUAAAUGAAACAUAAAGUAUCUGCUUCAUGAUUCUCAGUCUAUUAAUAAUUCACUUUUGAUCAAAAAUGUGAUUCCAGUUAAUUGAGUCCACGUUAUUUACAUUGAAGUACUAUUUUGUAAUAUGUUGACCUUAUUAAUCCUGCUAAUUAAUUAAAGCAAUUCAUUUUUUGUGA